UUUCAAGGCCAAUGUUUCAAGCUUGGCGUCCCACCAUCACCUUGGGUGUCUCCGCAAGAGCUUAAGACUAUCCGCAAUCGCAAAUUGUUUAGUGGAGACCUCUCAACACCGUGCUGCAUGGAAGUUGCGCUUCUGGAGGUUUUUGAAGAUCACAAGCUUGCACCAGCGGCUGACAUGGCGGCUGACUACUUCAAAGAGCAUAUAAACCACCCUCUUCCAGCAUGGUACUCCAGAACACCCUUGGCCGCUCUCCACGAGGGUUAACCAGUACUUAACUUUCAACGCUAGGUCCGUGCAGGUUCACUUCGCUCGCAAUGUCGAUCUCAUUACUUUUAAACCUCUUCCUACUUCCGUCCCGCGCCUAUGCCACCUUGGAACCUGAGUCCCCCGGUCCUGGUGACGUGUUCAGAUCUGGAUCAUCCUGUGUCAUAGAGUGGAAUACCAACCUCACACAGCCAUGGGACGAUGUCGCUAUCGACCUCAUGUCCGGCUCUAACUUGAACAUGUCUAAAGUCACGACCGUUGUCGGGCACCUAGACGGGACUGACCCCACGUUGACACCGUUUAACUGGAUAUGCCCUGAUGUUAUGCCCAAUUCAGCCAUUUACUUCUAUCAGUUUACGAACAAAAAAGACCUAACUGGGUCCAAGUGGACAUCUCGAUUCACGAUCGCUUCAGAGUCUGGCGCCACGACCCUCCCUGAAAACAGCAAGCAGCCUGGUGGAGAUCCUAUUCCGUGGGGCAAUGGACGUCUUGCAUCCUCCAAUAGCACGGUUCCAUCGAACGCAAGCAUUUCACCUAGCAGCCAUCCUUCACCAACCCAUUCAUGCGAAACGCUAAAAUGCACGAAAUUCCUUCGAAACGCUUCGUCUUCCGAUACUCAAAACCCCAGCACUCCCCCUCCUCUUCGACAACGCACGGUCUCGCGCCCCACAGCACUACAUCCAGUCAACUUCACCCAAAAGACAAGACCUGCAAGCAGGGGCAGCCGUGGGGGCCCUACGUUGGGCGUGCAUUUCCUGUGUGCUCUUGCGACGUUGUGGUUGAUCGUCCUAUAGAUCGGGGACCUAGAAAUGACUACAUAGAUGUUUGUACUAGUCCCUGCCCUGUCAAAAUAGCAGAGAAACGGAUAUAAA